AUGUCGCGAUCUCUGCCAAAAAGAACCAACCCGCUCAUCCUCAGUGGUGCGGCGCCGGCUUACGAAGAGCUUCUUGCGCGCCGUCGUCUUGGAAAGACCAACCUCUCUGUCAAGUCAAGCCAGGUCGGCACCUCAAAUGCGACCAAGCCUGAGAACUUGGGCUUGUUCGAGUAUGCUCACCUUCGGGCUCCUCUGCCCAAGGACCUGAAGGGCUCCGAGAUCUUCCCUUCGCACAAUUCCCAACAGCACCCAGAGACUUAUUUCUUGAUGCGAAGGAGCAAGGAUGGUUUCGUCAGCGCUACUGGCAUGUUCAAGAUUGCCUUCCCCUGGGCCAAGGCCGAAGAGGAGCGCACCGAGAGGGAAUAUCUCAAAGCGCGAGAGUACACCAGCCUGGAGGAGGUUGCUGGCAACGUGUGGAUUUCCCCGGUCUUCGCCCUCGAACUUUCUCGGGAAUACCAAAUGUACGAUUGGGUCCGUGCCUUGCUAGAUCCUACCGAUAUUGCACAGAGCCCCACGAAGAAGCAGAUCACCCCGCCCCCGAAGUUUGAACUGCCCUCAUCAGAUGACCUCUCUAUUGCGCAGCGCCGGAGCCGCCGCUCUGUCUCUCCCACCAAGAAGUCUUCAUCUUCUCCUCGCAAGGCUCGGCAACCCCGCUCUACAAAGGAGACCCCGAGCACCCCGUCUACAUCUGCUGCCAACGAGAGUCUGCAACAGGCCCUGGAAGUCACAGCUUCCUCAGAGUUGGACUUAGCGAACGGAAUUCUGGAGAGUGUGGAAGAAGAAGUUGAGGUCAAGACCACCGGCUCCCCGGAGAAGAAGAAGGGUCGGAAAUCCAAGAAGGCUGCCGAGGCCGGAGAGGAGAAGGAGGAGGCCAAGGAGAAGGAAAGCAAGAAGGAGGAAAAGAAGGAGGAUAAGAAGGCAGAGAAGAAAAAGAAGAAGGACGUUAAGGAGUCUGUGACCGAUGUCGAGGUUGACCGCUCCGCCAAUGAAGAGGCUGAGGUCUCCCAGGCCACCCUCUCUCUCGACAUGCCUAUUACCCUCCCUGAAGUGCCAUCUGCAAAGGAAACGGAAGAGAUGAUUGCGAAGGCCAAGGCGAUGGUUGAAGAUGCUAUCAAGAUCCAAACCUCCGAAGAUGCGGCUGCAGGAUCGCCAUCCGUCAAGCUCACCAAGAAGCGCAAGUCCGAGGAUGAUGAUGAGGAGACCGCAGCUGAAGCCAGCCAGAGAGUGAAGAAGGCCAAGGUCCUGGAGGAAAAGCUGAAGCGUGAGCGUGUUCGGAACCGUGCUCUCUUUGGUGUCUCAGCUGCCUUUGCUCUUGCUGCCUCAAUUCCCUACUUCUUCUAG